UAAAAUAAAAAAUAGCCCCAAAUAUUUUGAAAAAUUGUGAGCAUCAUCCCUUCACAUCGCUAGGCAAAUCUGCAAGGAAGACAUUGAUCGCGUUUCAUUGGCUUCUAUGCUCGGAAUUCAGCUUUUGCGUCUGAAUUAGGCUGCGUGUUGUUCCCGAUUGUUUGUUUUUCAAUCGUUAGCAGCUGAGCGUGCUUGAACAAGUUAAUUGGUUGGUUUUGUGAUUUUGACGCUUGGGGACCGCAAUGGAAUUUGAUCUCUGCGAUAGCAGUGGAACAGAUGAUGGUCUUCCUCCUUCCCAUCAAUGUCUAAAUAGAUUUCAAUGACCAGAUCAUGCCACUGGAACUGGAAACGGAAGAUCUGCAAUUGUAGGCCUUGGUCCAUAUCCUCGGAUGCAGAACGACAUGGAAACACAAAUCCAUAACAUUGAGCAAGAAGCAUACACCUCUGUCCUGCGGGCUUUUAAAGCUCAAUCUGAUGCAAUCACUUGGGAAAAAGAAAGUUUAAUUACAGAGCUUAGGAAGGAGCUAAGAGUAUCAGAUGAAGAACACAGAGAACUUCUAUCAAGAGUCAAUGCUGAUGACAUCAUCCACAACAUAAGGGAGUGGAGAAAGGGAAAUGGGCUCCAAUCUGGAGCAGUAAAUACUGCUCAACAAGUUCAUGAUCACAAUACCAGCCCUACCAUUUUGGCAUCUCGUAAGAAACAAAAGAAAUCACAAUCUGUGGCUUCAUUAUCCUUGGGUGCACCAUCUCCUGCGGUUCAUCCAUCUAUGCAACCAUCAUCAUCCGCAUUGAAGCAUGGACCUCCAUCAGGAACUAAGACCAAAAAGCAAAAAUCAUUCCCUUCUACAGGACUUACAAGCCAAAGCCAGGUCACUAAUCAGGGGGGUUCUUCAGGUGCCUUUGCAACAAAAGGACCUGCUGAAGCAGCUUCUUAUGAUCCCUGGAUUGGAAGGAAAGUUUGGACAAGGUGGCCUGAAGACAACCACUUCUAUGAAGCUGUUAUAACGGAUUAUAAUGCUGCUGAGGGACUACAUGCUUUGGUUUAUGAUAUGAAUUCAGCAAAUGAAACAUGGGAGUGGGUUAAUCUUAAAGAGAUAUCUCCAGAAGAUAUUCUUUGGGAGGGUGAAGAUCCUGGAAUAUCCCAUAAAGGAUGCCAGCCCGGUCCAGGUAGAGGAUUGAAGAAGUCUAUGCCUCACGGUGGUGCAGUUACUGGUGCUGGAAGAGGUAGGGGAAUAAUGAAGGUGCAGCCUAAGAAAGAUUUCACUUUGUCACAAAAAGGGGGCAGGAAGAAGGCUACAAAUGAUAUUGAGAUACUCCAUACAGAUACCCUUAUCAAGGAGGUUGAAAAGGUUUUUACUGCAAGCCAUCCUGAUCCCAUGGAAAUUGAGAAAGCAAAGAAAAUGCUAAAAGAACAUGAACAGGCUCUUGUCAAUGCAAUUGCCAGGCUCGGAGAUGUGUCUGAGGGUGAAAGUGAUGGAGAACCUCCGUUUUCGCAAGGGCUGUCAAUGGAUUCGGGUGGUGUUGGAGUACCAGAUGGUUCAAAUGGUGAUAAAUUACAAAGAGAAACUAGUGCUCCAUCUGAGUAUCCGCAUGAAGUUGGCAACAACGCAUGACUAAUGUAAUAUGCUAUUAUUAUUGUAUAAUUGUAGUUUCUUUUUGUAUCUAUUAAGUUGUGCAGCGGGUAGCUUCAAUCUAGAGAGACAACCGAUAUGUUACUUGUAAAUUAUAAAUUACUAAAAACAUGGUUCUUAUGCUUGUAA